GCAUCGCCCGAACGCGCCGCGAUUAGCGAUAGUUACAUGCAAAAAUCAACGUACUGCAGAAUUAUCGCGCUAGUUUUACUAAAAUGGGAGAUAAAGUACUAGUUGAACAAAUAAUCGAAACAAUAAAGCAGCAUCCAGUUCUUUACGACCAUAAGGUUCCAUGCAGAAAAGAUCUAAGUGAGACGUUAUGGGAAGAAAUAGCUGAUACAUUCGACCUUGAUGUACACGUUCUGAAGGUAAAGUGGAAAAACCUAAGAGAUUGUUACAAGAAACAUAUAAGGGCGCAGACCGAUGACUCGAAAUCAGUUUCAUCUUACAAAUAUUGGCAAUGGUCUAAGUAUUUGGAAUUCCUACGGCCGCACAUUCGUUCAAAUACAGAAGUUGAUCACAAUACGAAAGAAUAUUCUGAAAAUAUACUUAAUAUUAAGCUGGAGGAAGCGGAUCACACGAACUUUGGGUCAGACUUUGAAACUACUGAAUAUAAUAGCAAACAACCUACAAAAAAUAAGAGAAAAGACGCAAACAAUUUUGGAUCUGAUUCAGAUAAUUUAGAAUGUGUGAUAGAACAACCUAAUUGGAAAAAGAAACGUAUACAUUCCGACCCAAAUGUAAAUCUGAAAAGUCAAAAUAACCGAGAUGUGCAUGAAUUCGAUGACAUAGAGCUGAUAUUUUUAGGGUAUGCAAAGACUGUUAAGAGGAUGCCUUUGAAGAGGCAGAUAAGCGUAAAAAUGAAGAUUGCGAAGAUAAUGAUGGAAGAAGAACUAAAAUGCUUAGAAUGAUGAGAAAAACUCUUUUCAAAUCGAUUAAAUAAUAAACGUAAAUUAAAUAACAAACUGAUAGUAUGUCACAG